AGCCCGCUUGAAUCCAGAGGCGAUAUCGGCAUCUGAUGCACAGCUGGAUAAGAGAACUUUAUGAUGGAAAAGUUGCACAGCAAUGCUAACUGUGAAUCAGAACCAAAGAUGGGUAUGACUUUUAGUAAACCACAUGCUGCUAGUAAGGCAGAGAUAGACGAAAUCGUUGAGGGCUUUGCGUAUGCCGCCAAAUAUUUAGACAAGGCUGGCUUUGAUGGCAUUGAGCUCCACGGUGCCCAUGGCUAUAUAAUCGCACAAUUUCUAUCGCCACGGACCAAUAAGCGUACCGAUGAAUACGGAACUCAAACAGUGGAGAACCGUUUGCGCUUCAUUACGGAUAUCGCAAGAGCUAUCAGAAAACGCGUGUCACCCAGCUUUGUUGUUGGAGCAAAACUUAACAGCGUGGAAUUUGAAGGCGCAGGAGUCACUCCAAAGGAAGCUGAAGAAGUCUGUGGUGGUCUUGAACGGGAAGGCUUUGAUUUCGUUGAGCUAAGCGGAGGCAACUAUGAAAACUUCGGCAUGAAAUGGAGAAGGGUUCGACGCAAAAGCGCGAAGCCUACUUUUUGA